AUGGAAGCCAACAGCGGUGUUGCCAAUCCUUAUUAUACCGGACGAGGCGCUCAUGGAACCACUGACUUCGGUGCACUCAUCAAUCAGUUCAAUGGGGUGACUCUGGGUGGUCUCAGCAUGCCCAACAACGCUGCUCCUGUCCCCAUGGGACCUGGUCAUGCGUUCAUGGUCAACUCGGACAGCCAGUUUGUUCUCACUCCGGUGCCGACUGCGCAGCCGAUGGGUCUUGGUCAUGGCAAUGAGAACCCUUAUCUCAACUACCCAGCUGCUGCAGGUGGCUACGGAGGCUCCUAUGUUGGCCUUUCGAUGCCGAUCAUGCCCUUCACCCCGGGCCGCCCCGGUACCACUCAGCCUCGUGUCGACCGUGGCCACUCUGACGUCCCAGGCCUCGAGAAUCGCCGCGGUUCCUACUCGACCACCGAGUCCGCUCCCGCCACUCCGUACUAUGGUGGUGCGUUUUCGAUCGUCCGCGAUUAUCCUCCCCCCCGUGUUGCCAGUCUUGAUCGGUCUUCCUACACGACUCCGUCUCCCAAUGCCACGGGACUCGCCCCCAUGGAGAACACCAAGCCAAUUCCCAUGGUCAUCUCGGAUCGUACCAUCGACGAGCUUCUCAAGAAGGACCCGGCUAUUCCCAAGGCUGUCCCAGCCGUCUUCACCCCACCGGGCCAGAUGAAGACUCUCGAGCAAAGCUUGGAGAAUCGUAUCCCCGGCAAUCGCAACGUCUAUAUCCGUGGUCUUCAUCCUACCACCGAUGACGAGCUUCUCUACCAAUUCACGUCCCGUUUCGGUGCGGUUGAGACGUCCAAGGCCAUCAUCGACACUAACACUGGAGCUUGUAAGGGAUUUGGUUUCGCCAAAUUCUACGAUGUGCGUGACUCUGAACUAUGCAUUCGAGCUUUCCACCGCCUCGGCUACGAGAUUGGCUUCGCUCGGGAGUCUUUCAAUUCUCGACUCAAGGCGGAGGGCGAUGAGGGUUCUACAAACCUCUACAUCUCCAACCUGCCCAAGUCUCUGAACGAGAUGGAACUUGCCACCAUUUUCCUUGGAUACCACAUCCAGUCCAGCAAGAUCCUUCGUGAUAGCAUGGGAAACAGCCGUGGUGUUGGCUUUGCUCGAUUUGAUUCUCGCGAGAUUUGCGACGAGAUUAUUCGAAAGUUCAACGGUGUCGGCAUUGGUGAGGAAGGUCUUCCCAUGAACAUCCGCUACGCCGAUACUCCAGCUCAGAAGGAGCUCAAGCGAGUCACCGCCGAACGCCGCCAGUUCCGUACCAACGAGUACAACAUUGGUGCCUACGGCACUCCUCUCGUUGGCCUGAGCCCUGCCUUGUACAGCCAGCAAACAUGGCGACGCAACUUGCCGCAGUCUCGAAGGUUUGUUUCCGCCGGCUUUGAGUCAUAUCUGCGUAUGGUUAUACACGAAGCAUUUUUGCGAAGUUCUAACUCUUGUUCUAGGGCGGCCACGAGCGCGGACGCUACGAUUUCGACUCCCACCACCUCUGAGUGCGAUGAGAGUGUUACGAUUCGAGCGGACCCGGCCGUCGUCGCCACCGUUGGCAAGGAGAACAUUCAGCCAUCCCCCACUGUGAAGAAGGAUGUUUCGAAGAAGGAGUCCCAGUAA